AUGCCUCUCGAACGACCUCGGAGCAGCGUGAUCAAGGAGGCCGGCGCCCGUCGCUCGUUCGCCAAACUCAACACCGUGCUCCGACGGGGAGACUGCUACGGAGAAGAGCUGUUGCUAGAAGGAAGUGUUCGGCGAAAGGGCAAUGCCCACAUAAAGGCGGUCACCGAUAUGGAGGUGUUGUUAUUCAACGGGCAAGAUCUGGAACAUAUCAUCGAUCUCAAGGCCAAGCCCCUGGAGGAUACGUUCCGGCUGAACAGGUUGUUGGCCUAUAAUUCUGUCCUCUGCUCGCUGAGCCGAAAACAAAUAUUGCUGCUCGAGACCUUCACACAGGCGAAGAAACUCGCUGCGGGGGAGAUCGUGUGGAAGGCAGGCCAUCCGGUCGAGCAGGUGGUACUAGUUGCCAAGGGAAAGCUAGCAUUUGUCAACGCAGGGUUCGCUGAUUGGGCGAGCGGGAACAGUGUUUGA